AUGGCCGACUACGAUAGACGACCCCCGGGUGGCCACCGCAAGCGAAGAUAUCGAGAUGAUGAUGACCACUACGAUCGCCGAAAUCAGCGAAGACGGAUUGAUUCUGCACCCCUUCCUGUGCGUGUCCGACGACAGCUUCUCAGCAUCGCAGACUCCCCUUUGCGCCGAUGGGCCGAAGAAGUCCAAUCCAUUGCGCAAAUGGUGGCCGAAAACCACGACGAUGAAAACCUUCGCAAGACGUUCCUCGAACUUGUGACACAGCUUUUGCUCGAGCAGCCCUUGAAGACGCCCUUUGUUGCCGCCGUUGUUCAUAUCAUCAACACACUGAAACCCGAAUUCGUCGACGAGAUCCUUGGAAGUAUUACGCAAAUCACAGCAGAGAAGAUCGCACAAGGCGAAUGGCGUGAUGUGAAGCUUCUGCUCAAGUUCUUGGCUUGUCUACAGUCUCUUCUUGAGGGAGAUGGUCUUUUCCCAGUUUUGGAAGAGCUAUUCAGCCGAGCUGCGGACCUCCAGACAGCUAGCUCAGAUGAUACCAUUGGUACCGAGAUUGUCAAGAUCAUUCUUCUUACCAUUCCCUACAUCAUGGUUUCCGCUCCGGGACAAUUCCAGCCUAAGGCCGCAGAGUUGAUGGAGAAGACGGAUAUCAUUGCCUCGGAGCCCCAUGCCCUACAGGCUCUUGUCGAUCCUUACCACCCUGAAGGCAAGGAGGAGAGCCCUGGAACAUCGCUCAGCGUGUGCAUGCUGCUUCAAAAACAACUUCAAUCUGAAGCUGCCAAUAACUGGCCGCUAUCAUGCUUGCCACGACCCUGGGAGAUGCCUUUGGAGGAUAUUGAGGCGCAAGACAAACUCUCGAAUGCGCCCAAGCACGCGCUUCCCGAAAUGUCCAUCCCUGCGACUGUCAUUGCCGGACCUCGCCCUCUGUUUCCUGAGAUUUACUUCUCUGUAUACACCGACCAGGAUAUACCCUCGGUUCCUGCCGUCACCGAUAUCGCUUCAUCGCUCAUCCGGGACGGUCUUCUCGACACCAUCAACAUUUUGGACUUUAACCGCAACGUGACGGCUCGCUACUUGAUGGAUUUGGAUUGCUACUUCGCUGAUGGCACUUUUGUUAAACGAGCUACACCUUUCGAUGAACUCAAGAACUUCCCAACGGGAAAGAAUACAUGGAAGCCCGAGGAUGUUGCUGUUGAUACCGUCUUCUCACAGUUGUUCCAACUGCCCAUCCCCGAACGAAAAGUCGUGUACUACCACUCUGUUCUCACCGAAGCGUGCAAGCUGGCACCUGCAGCCAUUGCGCCCAGUCUUGGUAGGGCUAUACGAUACCUCUACCGAAACAGCCCUCGUUUGGAUCUGGCGCUGAGCUACCGGUUCAUGGACUGGUUCUCACACCAUCUCAGCAACUUUGGUUUCACAUGGAAGUGGGCCGAGUGGAUAGAUGAUGCUCAACUGCCUGAUUACCAUCCCAGCAAGUGGUUCCUAAAAGGAGCACUCGAUAAGGAGGUGAGACUCAGUUUCGCCCAGAGAAUUCAGAAGACUCUGCCUGAACCGUAUCUACCUCUGGUAGGUCCCGAGAAGGAGAAGGAUGUUCCUGAUUUCAAGUUCAAGAACCCUGAUACACCAUUCUCCAAGGAGGGCAUGGAGAUCGCCGGUCUUCUGAGAAGAAAAGCUGCGGAUGAAGAGUUCCAACCUUUCAUCAACAGCAUCCAGUCCCAAGCUUCGGAACUUUCAUUGGACCCCUUGGUUGCUAGCACAGAUGUCUUUAUGACCGCCAUCUGCUGGGUUGGCUCCAAGUCGCUGAGCCACGUUCUGGCUUGCAUCGACCGAGCCAAGGGCAGACUGCUCGAAGCCGGCAACACUUCAGAGGCGGCGCGUGCUCAGAUCAUUUCAGCACUUAUGAGCUACUGGCAUGCACACCCAGGCAUUGCGCUCUCUAUCACCGAGAAACUCCUCAAUUACUCUAUUCUGACCCCUUUGACCGUAGUGGAUUGGGCUAUUGUUGCCAGCACACCCGCCAAUGGCGCCAACGGAGGCGGGAGUCUGGCUGAGCCACACAUUUUUGAGCUCGUAUCCAACACACUUACCAAGGUUGCCACUCGCAGCCGCCAGGUGAUUUCUUCUCCUGAUACCGAUGACGAGACACGUGCCAAGGAAGUAAAGUCUAUCCACGACUUGUUCCGCGCCACAAAUGACGCCCUCAUUAGCUGGGCCGGAGGAAGCAAGGACGAGCUUAUGGAAGAAGGCGACGGAUCAAGUGAUCGCGAGGCCAUGAUCCGACGAUGGGGGCAGCGAUGGUUGCGCGUCUUCAACAGAAUGGGCGCUGUUGAGGAGGCGUUUGCUCUCGAGGCUGCCAAGAACGUUGGCAAGGAUAGGAUGGCAACUGACGGAGCGGAGAAUUAG